AUGGAUCCGGUGCUGCUCGAGCGCGAGCGUGUCCUGUUCCGGAUGAACGAGGAAAUCAACGCCAAAUCGCGGGGACUGUUCGAGCUGAACGAAAACGUCAGCUGGAUGACGACGAAGCGUCGCAUGCGGCACGGGCUGAAGAAGCUGAACAAUAUUGGCGCGGGCUCGUUACAACCUACGGCGGGGGAUGAUUCCUGCACAUCCGAUUUGGGCGGCUCGAUCGAAACGACGGACAAGGAGAACGAGACGCAACUGCACGGCACCGGAACCGGUUCGGACGAGGAAGAACCGGAAAGUGAACCUGGCCGCUCGGCGUCUGUGAUCUUCUCGGCCCUGGAGGUGAGCCGCGAUGGGGAGGGCGAGAAGGGCCCAUUUGGGGGGCAGCGGGAAGCACCGUCAACGACGACGACCCUCACCGAGAUUCGAUGCGAUGCGAUCAAGGAAGAACACAGCCGCUCGAACAACGUCACCUCCAACCAGCAGAUGCAGCUCGUGAAGGUCACGACCGUCUCGGUGGAGCGGAAGGUAAGCAACGGGCAGCGGGCGGCGGGGAACGGUGGUCUGGUAUCGCCGGGAAUGCUGCUAAAUGGCAACAGCAGCAAAUCGGUGACAUCUGCGACGGCGCGGAAUCUCGCCAAGAACAUGGCCGACGUCGUGCCGAAAGUGCUCGAGAAGAAAAACAUCAGCUCGGAUGGUUUGAUCAAAUUCCUCAAGUCGAAAGUCGCCAUCCUUCAGACGGAACUGGAAACGAGCCAGCGGCAGAACGAGGCGAAUGUCAAGGACUUGCAUUUGGCGCUCGACCGCCUAAAGCAGCUCGAGGCCCUCAAGGAGCAAUUGCUGACCAAGAACAGCGCGCUGGAGCGGACGGUGAAGAAGUUUGAAGAGCGAAACCUGGAGCUGGACAAACUUCUAAAGGAAAAGGAUGCCCAGCUGAACGCGGCUGCCAAGGAGCUGUUCGGGGCGCGAUCGGAGAUUCGCAACUUGGCGCAGAUCAAUCAGACGCAGGAGAAGCGCCUGUUCAAGGCGCAGGAAGAGGUCGAAACUCUACGCGUCAAGCUAAACAUUGCGAACGACUCGGAAAAGGAAACACGAGAUGCUGCCCGGCAGGAACGGCUAACGUACGAGAAGCAGAUCAAGCAGCUUCGCAAGCAACGCACCGAGGUGCUGGCCGACUACAAGAAGCUGCUGCUGAGCGUCGAUCAGAUGAAGAAGCAGAACUUUAACCAGGAGCAGUCGAAGCUGCUGCACGACUUCGAGAAGGACUACUUUCGGCAUCUGGAGGAGGCGGCAUCGUCCUCACCGCUGCCGUGA